AUGUCCGAGACAGAAGAGAAGAAACCGAGAAGCUACGAAGAAAUCUUGAGGUUUGGAGCUUUACCAGAAAAGCUAAGGACUCCUAUUUUUGCGGCCUUUUGCGUUGGUAUGACGGCGUUCGCCUGUCCUGGUAUCUUCGGAGCGUUGAACGGUUUGGGAGCAGGAGGAGGAGCCGAUGCUUCGACCAGUAACAUUGCCAACGCCAUAACUUUUGGAACCAUAGCUGUCGGUGGUUUUUUAACAGGAAGCAUUACCAACCAAAUUGGAGUCAAACAGGCCUUAAUCAUUGGAGCUUCGUUCUAUUCACCUUAUGCGGCAGCCAUGUACGUCACGAACUACCACCCUACAAACAAAUGGUUCAUGCCAUUUGCUGCAUUCCUACUAGGGUGUUCAGCUGCGUUCUUAUGGAUUACUUCUGCAGCCAUUCUUCUUGGAUAUGCUGAACACCACAAUAAGGGCAAGGCAAUGUCUAUGAAGAUCUCUUUGCAACACUUGGGAGCAUCGAUUGGUGGUAUGAUUGCGCUGGGUAUGAACCACGAAAAGACAUCUUCGAGAGUCAUAACGAGGGCCACAUACCUUGUGCUUACAUUUGUGAUGCUUGUUGGUAUCCCAUUUGCAUUCCUGCUUCCCACUCCAAAGCAAAUCAGAAGAUCCGACGGUUCAGCUGUUGUGCUUGAAAAACAACCAUCUCUGUGGAAAGAGUUCGGGGUCUUGAUCAAGCUUCUAAAGACGUGGGAAGUAAUUACGUUACUUCCAAUAUUGAUGUACAACCAAUGGUAUUUGUCUUAUCAGUGGACUUUCAAUGCUUCCUACUUUACAGUCAGAGGAAGAGCAUUAAACUCGUUUCUGUUCUAUGUUUUUGGAAUGAUUGGUUCUUGGCUUACCGGUCUGUUUCUGGACGGCAGUUUUCGCGGAAGAAAAUCAAAAGCUAGGGCUGCUUUUGUGGCUGUUAAUUUUUUCGCAGCCUCUUCAUGGAUCCUUGCGAUUGUAAUUGCAAAGAAGUGGGAGAACAAGACGGAGUUGUAUGACUGGGGUACUGGUGGCUACGGUCUGGGUUGCUUCAUGUUCUGCCUCUGGGGAUUUAUGGACGCGGGCGUUAACACAUUACUGUAUUGGGUUGUUGGUGGGUUGAGUGAUAACGUCAACCAGCUGUCGAUUCUUUCUGGAGUCAUUAAUGGAGUUGGAUCCCUAGGGUCAGCCAUGGCGUUUGUGAUGUCUGCAAAAAAUGUAUCGCUUGUUGCCCAGUGUGCAGUGAAUGUGGGUUUAUACUUUUUCGGCGUUCCAUUUUUUGGCGUUGUCACAUGGCAUGUCAAGGACGAUAAGGCACUUUUCGAUGAUUCUGCUGACAGCAACUCAGAAGAUUUUGACAAGAUUGUUGAAUCGGUUGAAGAGAAAGCUUAA